AUGUUACGGAGAACCGAAACCGGCACCUGGCUACCUGCUUGGGUGCCGGAGUCUACCUUGAUUCUGUCUUUCCUACUGAUGAUAUCUUCGAUGGUUCAAUCGGCAACUGGAGGAUAUGAUGGAUCGAUGCUGAACGGGCUGAAUAUACUUCCGUCCUACACGGAGUACUUCAAACUCAAUAACGCAACAACCGGGUUGAAUACUGCAUCUGUUUUCAUUGGCGGCUUCCUUGGCCCAUUGGUAUCGGGCGUUGCAGCAGAUCGUCUCGGUCGCCGACCUGCGAUCUUCUGGGGCUCAUGGAUCACGAUCGUGGGGAUUAUCAUCCAGACGGCAGCCCAGAAUAUCGCUAUGUUCGUAGUGGCACGAAUCAUUCUUGGAUUUGGGUCUGCCAUAACAGGCAUCGCUGGAGGCAUCUACCUGUCUGAGGUGUUCUCCAGCAGAUGGCGUGCAUGGGGCGUGGGUCUGCUCAAUGAUUUCUACUAUAUUGGUGCCCUUAUCGCUGCCGGCAUCACGCUAGGUACCGGGCAGUGGCAGUCUACUUGGGCUUGGAGAGCCCCAUCUCUCUUCCAGGCAAUUUUCUCCCUGCUCUGCAUUCUCACUCUGCCAUUCAUACCCGAAUCCCCACGAUGGCUGGUCCACCAAGGGUACUACAGUGAGGCCCGGAUAUCCAUCGCCCAAGCAAAUGCCAAUGGAGACCUCUCGGACCCAGUCGUUCUCACAAUCUUCAAGGAGAUAGUAGAUACCCUGAAAUGGGAAAAGGAGGUCGGACACUCCAUGAGCCCCGUCGAAAUUUUCAGAACACCCUCUGCUAGAAAGCGGCUUCUCAUCGGCAUGUCGCCUGGCCCAUUCUCUUGUAUCGCCGGUAAUAUCAUCGCCUCGUACUAUUUUGGAUCGGAGCUGGACACAGCCGGUAUUACGAACACCAAUGACCAAUUGAAGGCAAAUGUCGUGCUCAACGCCUGGUGCUUGGUAUGCUGCCUCUUUGGCACUCAGCUUGUUGCCAAGUGGGGACGAAAACCAACUGCGAUGCUUUCGCAACUCCUUCUCAGUGCCUGUCUCUUUAUCAUCGGAGGUCUAUCGAAACUCUAUGCGGCCGAUCCCCAAGGUGCCUCUUCUGCCCUCAUCUAUGGCAAUGUGGCUGUCAUGUAUCUUUUCCAAGGCUUUUAUUCCAUCGCCUGGACCCCACUGCUCUACCUCUAUCCACCUGAGGUGAUGAACUAUUCUAUCAGAGCGAACGGGGUUGCCUUCUCAUCAUUCGCUUUGAAUGCCCUUGCGCUUCUUUUUACCUUCAUCAUGCCAAUUGGCCUAGGUAAUAUCGGAUGGAAAAUGUACAUGAUCAAUGGAUCCUGGGAUCUGGUGAUCUUGGGCCUUAUUGCCUAUUUUUGGGUUGAAACCAAGGGGAAGACCUUAGAAGAGAUCGACGCCCUGUUCGAAGGAGCAAAGCAUUCAGCGAUCCCAGAUGUGGAAGAGAUCAGAGCUGGCGAGAAAGAAAUCGAUGUCAGCAAGGUCGAGGAGCAACUCAUGGCUGAGCUAAGCUACUCAAAGUAA